CGAACCUCCCCUUUUACUUCUUCAGCCGAAGAAACAACGAACCAGCACUAUUUUCUCUAUAUAACUACACACUGCGUGUGAGGGAGGGAGAGAGAGAGAGUAUCGCUCAUUGACUGGCAAUGGCAACAGUCUGUGCAUCGGUGGAUGAAUUCUUGAAGCAGUGCCAACAGUCCGGCGAUGCGGCAUACGGAGCGUUCCGUUCGGUGCUGGAGAGGCUGGAGGAUCCGAAAACCCGAGCCAAGGCCCGAGUAUUCCUUUCUGAUGUCCAGAAACGGGUCGCCUCAGACAAAGAUCAGUCUGAUCACUGUUUAGAGACCUACCAUUUCAGGAUCCAGGACAUCAUCUUAGACCAGUAUGAAGGGUACCAGGGGAGAAAGAAAUUGACGAUGAUGGUGAUCCCUAGCAUUUUCAUUCCAGAGGACUGGUCCUUCACCUUUUAUGAAGGACUGAAUAGACAUCCUGACUCCAUCUUCAAAGAUAAGACAGUUGCUGAGCUUGGGUGUGGAAAUGGAUGGAUAACCAUUGCAAUUGCUGAGAAGUGGUUGCCUUCAAAGGUCUAUGGUCUUGAUAUCAAUCCUAGAGCAGUUAAGGUUUCUUGGAUAAACUUAUAUCUAAACGCUUUGGAUGAUAAAGGUGAACCCAUCUUUGAUGCAGAGAAGAAAACUUUACUGGAUAGGGUAGAGUUUCAUGAAUCUGAUCUGCUCGCCUAUUGUAGAGAUAAUGACAUUCAACUUGAACGAAUAGUUGGCUGCAUACCACAGAUUCUUAACCCAAAUCCUGAUGCAAUGUCCAAGAUGAUCACAGAAAAUGCAAGCGAAGAAUUCUUGCAUUCAUUGAGUAACUACUGUGCACUUCAGGGUUUUGUUGAGGAUCAAUUUGGCUUGGGUCUGAUCGCCAGGGCGGUUGAGGAAGCUAUAGCUGUAAUAAAACCAAUGGGAAUUAUGAUAUUUAAUAUGGGAGGCCGUCCAGGACAAGGCGUUUGUAAACGCUUGUUUGAACGCCGUGGUAUUCGCGUCACCAAGCUUUGGCAAACCAAAAUCAUGCAGGCCUCUGAUACAGAUAUUUCAGCCUUAGUUGAAAUUGAGAAGAACAGUCCACACCGUUUUGAGUUCUUCAUGGGACUUAGUGGGGACCAGCCCAUUUGUGCUCGAACAGCCUGGGCUUAUGGACAGGCUGGGGGGAGCAUCUCUCAUGCUUUAUCAGUUUAUAGUUGUCAACUUCGUCAACCAGACCAGGUUAAAACAAUUUUUCAGUUUCUUAAAAACGGAUUCCACGAUGUCAGCAGUUCUCUAGACUUAUCUUUCGAAGAUGAAUCUGUUGCUGAUGAGAAGAUUCCGUUCCUAGCUUAUCUUGCCAAUGUAUUGAAAGAGAGUUCAUUUUUCCCAUAUGAGCCACCAGCUGGAAGCAAACGAUUCCGUAAUCUAAUUUCAGGCUUUAUGAAAACAUACCACCAUGUUCCACUCAAUGCUGAUAAUGUUAUUACUUUUCCUUCAAGGGCUGUAGCAAUUGAAAAUGCUCUUCGAUUAUUUUCACCUCGACUUGCAAUUGUUGAUGAAAAUUUAACUCGGCAUCUACCCAGGAAAUGGUUAACGUCUUUAGCAAUUCAGGGUACAGAAACUGGCCCUGCAGAUAUAAUUACAGUCAUUGAAGCACCGCGCCAAUCAGAUUUAAUGAUAGAGAUGAUAAAAAAGCUCAAACCACAGGUGGUGGUGACUGGGAUGGCUCAAUUUGAGGCUGUCACUAGUUCAGCUUUCGUACAUAUGUUAGACAUUACGAGAGAAGUCGGUUCUCGUCUUUUCGUAGACAUAUCUGAUCAGUUUGAGCUAUCUAGCCUACCAAGUUCCAAUGGAGUGCUAAAAUAUCUUGCAGGAACUCCUCUGCCUUCUCAUGCAGCAAUUAUAUGUGGCCUUGUUAAAAACCAGGUUUAUUCAGAUUUAGAGGUAGCUUUUGUCAUCUCAGAAGAAGAGGCCAUCUUUAAGGCCUUGUCCAAGACCGUGGAAGUAUUAGAAGGAAAUACUGCACUUAUUAGUCAGUACUAUUAUGGUUGUCUGUUUCAUGAGCUUCUGGCAUUUCAGCUUGCAGACCGACAUUUACAUGUUGAGAGGAAAUGCGAAAAUUCCAGAUCGGUUGAGAUGAUCGGUUUUACCAGUUCUGCCAUUUCAGUCCUUAAUAAUGCUGAGUUGUCAAUUGAGGCAAAAGACUCUUCCUUUAUUCACAUGGAUGUAGAUCAAAGUUUCUUGCCCUUACCAUCUCCUGUUAAGGCUGCUAUUUUUGAAAGCUUUGCUAGACAGAACAUGGCCGAGUCAGAAAUUGAUGUAACCCCUUGUAUUAAACAAUUUAUAAAAAUCAACUAUGGGUUCCCAGCUGAUAAUAGCUCAGAAUUCAUCUAUGCUGACUCCUCACAAGCUCUGUUUAAUAAACUGGUUCUCUGCUGCAUCAAUGAAGGUGGAACAUUGUGCUUACCGGCUGGGUCAAAUGGCAAUUAUGUUUCUGCUGCCAAAUUCUUGAAAGCAAACAUUGUGAAUAUCCCCACUGAGUUUAGGGUAGGCUUUAAGAUGACAGAAAAGCUACUCUGUGGAGUGCUUGAGACUGUGACUAAGCCAUGGGUAUACAUCUCCGGUCCAACAAUCAAUCCAACUGGCCAGAUUUACAGCAACAAAGAGAUAGAAGACAUACUAACUACUUGUGCAAAAUACGGGGCAAGAGUUAUUAUUGAUACCUCAUUCUCAGGGUUGGAGUAUGACUCUGAAGGGUGGGGUGGGUGGGAGUUGGAGGGCAUUUUGUCAAAGUUAAAUUCCUCGAGCAACCCAUCCUUUUGCGUGUGUCUGUUUGGUGGACUCUCUCUGAAUAUGCUCACUGGAGCACUUAAAUUUGGGUUUCUGGUUCUCAACCAGCCGCUUUUGGUGGAUGCAUUCUACAGCUUCCCUGGAUUGAGCAAACCUCAUUGCACUGUCAGAUAUGCUGUGAAGAAGUUGCUGAGUCUUAGAGGGCAGACAGCAGGAGACUUGCUGAAUGCCGUUACAGAACAUAUAAAAAAUUUAAAGAGCAGAUCUAAAUGCUUAAAACAGACUCUCGAGGACUGUGGUUGGGAAGUCAUUGAAUCCCGUGGCGGUGUUUCCAUGGUGGCAAAGCCCUCCAGCUACCUCAAUAAGGUUGUAAAGCUCAAAAAUUUACCUGCAGUUGGAGGAAAUACUGCAAAUGGUGCUGCUACUGAUGAAAUCAAACUUGAUGACUCAAAUAUCAGAGAAACUAUUGUGAAGACCACAAAUCUAUGCAUCAACAGUGGCUCAUGGACAGGAAUCUCUGGCUACUGCCGCUUCACCUUUGCCUUGGAAGAGAGCAAGUUCGAACAGGCGUUGAACUGCAUCGUUAAAUUUAAAAAUAUAAUCAGUAACUAAAGUGCGUUUUGAGUGACACUGGUUAUCUGAUUUCCUGUUUCCCCUGAGGCUUAGGUUUCUUGAACUAAACCACAUCUGCCAUAUUAGUACAUAUCUGAUUUCACUUUUUGACGACUUAGGUGUCGUCGAAUAAAAGAAAAUUCUGCAUUCAGUUCCAAGUUUGUGUUGUGGUCUGAAUGGUUCCUUGUAUUGUGAUUCAACCAUGACAUAAACCUUAUAUUCUUGAGGACUUUUUGCCUUUUAGAAGAUGAUUGGAAUUUCUGCUAUUUACUGUCCCAGGUGGUAACAAGCAGGAAAGUGGCCUCCCAAACUUCUUACAUGAGAAAUCUUUUAGGAUUUUCGUAAUCUCUGACGCUGUUGCUCUGUAUGCUUCCUCGACUUCAGUGUUGAUGUGUCUUGGUAUCCUCACAUCACGCUAUGCCGAAGAAGAUUUCUUAACUUCCUUGCCAACAAAGUUGAUCGUUGCCCUUUCCACGCUUUUCCUCUCAAUUGUAGCAAUGAUGGUAUCCUUUUGUGCAGCUUUGAUGAUUAUCAUGGAUGGACAGCUGCUGCUAGUAAUUCCAAUCUUUUUGCUUGCUGGUAUUCCAGUGACCCUUUUUA